AUGAAAUUCGGCGAACAAUUAGCCAGCCACUUGACUCCCGAGUGGCGAAAACAGUACAUUGACUAUGAACGGCUUAAAAAUCUUUUGUACGAUGAUAUGAUGGAGGUGCCAGCCGACGAUGAUCGUCGAGAAGAACAUAUUUCCAGACUUGACGAAAAGUUUUUUAACGAAUGUGAUCAAGAAUUGACUAAAAUCAAUCUCUUCUUCUCUCAAAAAAUCGCUGAAGGACAGGGAAAACAUCAUGAACUGCAAACAGAACUGCAAGUAUUCAAAGAUGUACUAGGAUCUCGAAGUGAAGCGAGUGGACUCCGUAGAAGAUUCGGAGGAAAAGAUCGAUCUUUUCAUAAGGAGACGACCAGAAAUGAGCAGCAAUUGAAACUCGCAUUCUCUGAGUUUUAUCUCUCUUUGGUUCUGGUUCAAAAUUAUCAACAAUUGAAUGCAACAGGAUUCCGAAAGAUUUUGAAGAAACAUGACAAAUUGACUGGAAAUGAGAGAGGAUUAGACUGGAGAAUCAAUAAGGUUGAAAAAUCAUCCUUCUUCCUGAAUCGAGAAAUCGAAACUCUGAUUACAAAUGUAGAAACUAGUGUCAUCAAUGAUUUAGAAGGUGGAAAUCGACAGGCUGGAAUGAAAAGGCUCAAGGUUCCACCGCUCUCAGAAAAACAAAAACCUCUGACAACCUUCUCUCUUGGACUUUUCAUAGGAGCGAGUAUUGUUUUGCUCUUGGCAAUUAUUCUGACAUGGAUGGCAACUCCAGGUCGACCUCAGGAGCCGAAAUGGGUUGCAGUUCGUCUAUUCCGAGGACCUUUACUACUCUUCCUUUCAAUAUUUUUGUGUGGAGUUAACAUGGCUGGAUGGGCCGCUGCAGGAGUAAAUCAUGUUCUGAUUUUCGAAGUGGACCCUCGAAAUCAUUUAUCCUAUCAAACUUUGAUGCAAAUCGCUUCAUUCAUGAUCAUGCUCUGGUCGUUUGCAGUACUGGCCUAUUUAUAUGCUCAUAUGUUGCACAUUCCUCCAUUUGCUCCUCCAUUAGUGCUGAUGAUCGUUUGUCUCGUCCUCCUGCUCAAUCCAAUUGCAAAACCGGAUUCCGUGUUCCAUAGGAAUUCUCGAUUCUGGCUCCUCAAACAUUGUUACAAGUGCUUCACGUCUCCAUUCCAUUUUGUCACAUUUACGGAUUUCUGGCUUGGAGAUCAAAUGAAUUCUCUGACCACCGCCUUCCUCGAUUUUCAAUAUUUCGUUUGCUUUUACGCUACAGAAGUUGACUAUUCGAAUGGAUGGAUUGAAGUGAAAGGAAUCAAUUCAACAACUGGAUCCGUGCCGUGGGGAAGUGUUGAGUUAUCGAAUGGAAAGGAUCAAUGUGCAUCUGCUGCCGGGUUACGAUCCUUGAUGUCUAUAAUUCCUGCCAUGAUUCGUUUCCUACAGUGCUUGAGACGUUACCGAGAUACAAAACGAGUACAUCCUCAUCUUGUCAACGCUGGAAAAUAUUCGACAACAUUUUUCGUCGUGGCUUGUGGAGCUCUGAACAAGUACUAUGAAGCCAGCGAUCCAAACUCCACCUCUAUUUUCUUCUACAUUUGGAUCCUUUCAUACAUCAUGUCAUUCACUUAUACUUUCCUCUGGGACAUUUUCAUGGAUUGGGGUCUCAUUGACCCACGAGCUCCAAAAGAAGCAAGAUUUUUGAGAGAAGAAAUGAUCUACGGUAACAAAUGGUACUACUAUCUGGCUAUCGCUCAGGACUUUGUUCUCCGUCUCGCUUGGGUUCUCAACGUAUCACUUGGAGAAGCCUGGACUCUUGAUUCUGAUUUCUUGACAACCGUCACGGCUCCGUUCGAAGUUUUUAGAAGAUUCAUUUGGAACUAUUUCCGACUUGAAAAUGAGCAUGUGAAUAAUUGUGGACAGUUCCGUGCCGUUCGAGAUAUCUCCGUUAAACCGAUUCGAAAGGGUGAUUUGGAAUCGCUGCUUUCAAAAAUGGAUCAAAUGGAUGGUGUCACUCAUCGCGGACACGACCUCAUGGAGCGUGUCAAGAAACAGAAGAAGUCUGCGAAGGCUUCGAGACAAUUGCUUCGUAAGAAUCGCUUCAACCGGUUGAUUGCUGCUGCUCCGGUCGUCACUACAACUACCACUUUUAUUGAUACUUCAAAUACU